GGGGCCGGCCUGUCGCGGGCGGACCAUGGAGCUGAUCAGCGUGCAGCAGCUGGUAAGUGGUGACAGGUAUGAGGGGAAGGUGCGGGCCUUCGAGGUGCUGGCGAGGGGAGCAGCACAGGAGCCCGAGGGCUGGCGGCAUGGUGUGGCUGGGGUCCAGGAUGCCAUCCGCGAGGAGAAGCAGAAGGUGAAGGAAGAUAGGAGGAAGAAGCUUGAGACACUCAACAACUCCCGGGUGCGGCUGGAGAGUCUCCAAGACCUGGAGGCGAUUGUGAGGCUGCGGAAGCAGAAGAGGAGCCGGAAGAGGGUCCGCCCCAAGGAGCCCAAGCCCGAGCCGGCUGUGCUGGCCGAGCCUGUGGACACUGCCCGGUUCCUGCAGGCGGUGCUGGAGAAUCAGGUUCCCAUGAUUGACAAGUACCUGGCAGACGGUGGGGACCCCGAUGUUCACGACCAGUUCAGGUGCACUGCGCUGCACUGGGCCUGCCUCCGGGGCCAUGCAGAGAUCGUGGACAAGCUGCUGGCAGCUGGAGCCAAGCUGGAGCCCAGGGAUAUGCUGGAGGCCACGCCUGUGCUCUGGGCCUGCCGCGGGGGGCACCUGGAUGUUCUCCAACUCCUGCUGGACAGAGGAGCCAAGAUCUCCACGCGGGACAAGCUGAGGAGCACGGCGCUGCACGUGGCCGUCCGGACGGGGCACUGUGACUGCGCUGAGCACCUGAUCGCCUGUGGGGCUGAGAUUGACGCACAGGACAAGGAGGGGGACACGCCCAUUCACGACGCCAUCCGACUGGGCCGCUUCAAGGCUGUGAAGACCCUGCUGAUGUAUGGUCCCAACCUCAAUGUCCGGAACCAGGAGGCCUUGCGACCCGUGGACCUGGUGAAGGAUUGGCAGAGGGGCAUCCGGCACACCUUGCAGGCGUGUGCCGACCGGCAGCGCCCCCCUCGGCCACACUGAUGCAGCAGGACCAGCAUUCAAUCCCCUCCCCAAACAGUGACCACUGGGGGGUCUGGAUGCCACCCUAGUGCCCUCUGCAGGCUGUGCUCAUCCCUACAGGCUUUCAUACCUGACCAGUAGAUUGGGCCACCUGUCCUUUUGGGAGGCCUGCGGGGGGUGGGGGUGGUGAGGUUUGACCCUGACACUCCUAUUCCUGGUUGUAUGGGGAUGUGUCUCUUUCCCU